GCGUGUGCUUGGAUCACCUAGCUUUUAAGAAUGGCAUGCGAAGCACGUAUCAUUCGCGCGUUGCGCACGAUGGAGUACCCGGGGUUGGAUCACAUCUCAGGAUCGGCAGCAACAGGUCGGAGUUUGGUCGCGCAGCCUCAUGAGCUCGCCAAGAUCGUCGGUUGGAUAGAGGACAGAAAGAUCCGAGGCCUCACCAUCUCCGACCGUGAGCCCCUGCGCACCCCCGGGCCAAAAUGGGAAGAGGCGUUUUUUAGCUACUUGCAGGAGAUGGGCUGCCCCAACGAUUUCAAGGCAACCGGGGGAGGCGGAGGAGAACCAAGUGGUGCCGCCGUCCUGCGUGGAGUAUCGUGGUUGGUUACCGAGGCCGUGGCCUAUGAUUUCGAGGACAACGGGAAGGAAUACAAGGCUGCUGCUAGAGAGUUGUUGUUGGCGAAAACGCGGUUUUCUCCACAAGCCAUGGGAGGGGCAAGAGGGGGCAGCAGCAGCGACCCUAGCUCGGUGCAGCCAGAACCGGCGCAGCAAACCAUCAGUACUGCCGGCGAUGCCAUGGACAUUGGUUCUGGAGAAGAACACCGAACAUUUCGAGAGCAGCUCAGGGGGUUCACGGCUGGGGUAGAAACUGGGGACGAGGCUUGCGACAGCGUGGCGACGGUGCUUCGGAUGCUCUACUUGUCGGACUUGAGGAGCCUGCAGAACGAGGUCAACGGUGUCAUAGACUUGGCGCAAUCCACUAGACGAGAACAGAAAACAGCAGUGUGACGACAACGAAUGUUGCUGUUGAUAACGAAACCCUCCUCCGUAGAAGGGUGCUUUGAACGUGGGGUGUGACGAGAGGUAGUCAUUUUGGGUUUGGUCUUCGAUCUGCCGCAACGUGGACACCAGUUGUUGGCGCUUGUCCGAGUGAAGAGAGUCGUGCAAGUAUUUGAAUCC